AUGCGCCUGAAUCUCAUCGCCACAUUCAUUACUACAUUAGCUGCCUCUGCUGUAGCUGACUUUAAAUUCCUCCAACCUAAUUCCCAGUUUUAUGCUGUCGCUAAUGCUACCACCACUAUCACGUGGGACUAUUCUGGUGAUGUCCCGCAAGCCAUCAGCAUCCGUCUAUCGAACAAAACUCCCAGCAACACGACAUUUGUUGGUGAGCAAGGUAUAGUCGCGUCCGUCCCAGUUAGCAACAAAAAAUAUGACUGGGCUGUACCAGCAUCACAACCAAUCGGUGAUAAUUGGAUACUCAACGCAUACCCGGUUGUUGCUGCUGACAAUUCAACUACGCCUCCGUCAUUAGGCGUGAGUGAUGCAUUCAGUAUUAAACCCGCCGGUACUGAACCACCAAAAGAUACAACUUCAACAUCUCCCUCUUCACCAUCAUCGACAUCCUCUCCCUCUUCCUCAAAUUCUACUUCCAAUGGCGGCGACAAUAAGAGUGCGGGUACCCGUGAGAGUGCAGUGAAAAGUUUGAGUUUCGUUGUCGGAAUUAUCGGGAUUACUUUACUUAAUAAUUUGUUCUAA